AAGUGACUGUAUCAUUCAUCUCAAUAUAUUAUGUAAAAUAAUCUGUAAAGGUGGAAACAAAGAUUUUAAUUUGAGUUGAGUUGAUUAAGACGUGCUUCGCAUCCAGAUCUGUUUAUUCUUGUUACGUCACGAGUUCACACGCAAUAAAAUGUAUGUAAAGUUUUCAUAAGUGGGUCUUAUGUCAACUGUGAUCAAUUGAUAGCCAGAAGACCGUACAUUGUUAAAUAUAUACAUCUUGUUUCUCCGGACAUAAUUAAUGACCUCGGAUGACAAUUAAUUGCUUUUAACGACAUGUUCAAAAUAACAUAAAAUCGAAUCUUGGACAUUUCGAUCGAGCGGGACGUUUGUGUUAAAUAUAUUCUGUUUGGUCGUCGAAGUGGUUCUGAAAAUAUGGAAUACAAAAUAGUGAAAGUUAUCAUUUUGCUUGGAUUUUUUAGUUGUACAUUCAAUGAGGUGCGGGGUCAGUACUGUCCGGAUGCCAGGCGGAUCACAGGGUUUAGCUGCGGUGGAACGGACAUGACGUCAGCGGAGUGUCCCCGGGGAUCGACCUGCAACCAGGACCCCCGGACCCGGGAGAGCUUCUGCUGCUGGGCUGAUUCCUCGCCCACCUCGUCCCCGUGCGAAGACCCUCUUGUUGAGAGGGGAGUGUUCACCACGUGCACGAUCGGUCAAGACAGAACGUGCCCGGGUAACUGUCACACUUGCGAGCGCCUGGGCGGGGCGACCGGCAUGGAUCUUGGGCUUUGCUGCCCACAAACACAGAGGGCCGGAUGUGAGAGAAGCAGUCCAGCAGUACUAGAAUUUGAGAGGGCGCGUCAGCAAAUCUUACAACGCAGAGUAGGAACUUCCGGCUCCAGUACCGGAAGUGGUGACUUCGGAGCGUCUUCCAGCUCCGGUGGUGGUGACUUUGGUCGCAGUCCGACGGUUGACAGGUUCGGCGGCGGCAGCCCCGACCCGCAGUCUACAAGCGCGAGAGGGUUCGAUGCCCGACAAGGACCAGCUACAAGGGACCAAGGUCCGGAACCUGCAAGGUCAGGGGCUGGCUUCCGCGAACGUGCACCCGCUGAUACGAGGUUCCGCGACACGCCUUCGCCAGGCAGUCCAUGUGGAGGCUUUACCAGGCCCACAAGCUACUGCGUCAUGGUGCCCUUUCCUAGAUGUCCCAUGGGACAAAGGUGCGUUGGUAUCGGUUUUAGGCGUGGCGUGUGUUGCCCGAUGAUGCCGUUUUCCCCGCCCUUCUCCCCAAUGGGCGGGUUUGGAAUGGGGCCAGGUCCCCGCCCCAUGGGAAGAGAUUCCUGUGCACGUGACGUGAAAUGUGUGAGAGAAGGCCAGCAUGAAUGUUACAUUGAUGAGAACUGUCCCACCCCGAUGAAGUGUUGUGACAUCGGCGAGGGAUGUCGUCGUCAGUGUGUAUGACGUCAUCAUGUGUGAACAACGUCAUAUUUUUUCGAAGCACAAUCUUAAACUCAACCAAAGUAUUUCUUCUGAAAUUUCUUUCUUUUGACAAUAACUAUUGUUAUUUCUUAUCAAAAUCCGCAUAACGUGACUGGUUUGUUAUUUGUUAAAUAUUUGCAGGGAAUAAUUGAAUCAUUAAUUUUGUUUCAGUUAAUGUAUCGUUGCUAGUAUUUAAAUAUGUUAUUGAGAUAAAUCAGUCUCUUCUUUUGAAGAAAGCUUACACUUCGUUUUAUCUUCAUUCGUAAAUACUCUUGCGCAUAGUAUGUAAAUAUUUGUCAACAUUUUGGUACUAAUAAAAUUCCAUAUUUUUUCAAUCAAAGGUUUUUUCAAGUAUAAAUAUAAAUAUUUAUGACUAUUAUUUCAACAAACUAUGCUUAUUUCUUAUCAAUGUCAUAGCGAAUGCAAGAUCCAUAUUGAUCAGUAUAAAUGUGACAAUCACUUGGCCGUUGGUUAUGUAAAAUUACUGUAAUAAAAUUGAAUAUACUUGU